AUGGCGAAACUGAAGAUAGGAGGGAUAUGGGCGGGGGUAGUGGAAGAGGUGGACCUCCACGCCUGGACUCUCGCCACACUCCGCGACCACGUCGCUGAGCGAUCCAACUCUUCCUCCGACUCCAUCAAUCUCAUCUGCGCCGGCAGGAUUCUCCGAGACGACGCCGUUCCGCCCCAAACCCUCUCCCAACUCGGCGUAAAAAACAACUCUAAGAUUCUCGCUACGCGCGCCUCCACUCCGCAGCAAGACCGCUCCCUCCUCGCGGAGGAAGAGCGUGCCUCCAGACUCGCGCGUAUCAGGUCCGCUGCGACUGCGAUGGCGGAACGCCACGCGGAUGGUGCGUUGCCGGUUGAGAACUUCAACAUCGAAGUUGAGGAUCAGAAUGGACAGAAAGUGCGAUUAGGCUCUGAGACUGAUCAAAAGGCGGUGAUGAUGGGACUGAUGCUUCACGCGAAGGGGAAGAAACUCAUCAAACAGGAGAACUACAAAGAUGCGCUGGAAGUGCUUAGCAUGGGAGAGGAGUCAUUCUCUCUUUGUGAUUCAGAAGUCAUUGAGCUUAUUGACAAUGUUCCUAUACUACAAAUAGACAUGGUAUGGUGCUAUUUUAUGAUACGGGACAUCAGAUGGCUCGCAGACGCGGGAAAGCGUCUUGAAAUAGCUAGGAUGGGUAUUGAACGGGCUCAUGGAAAGGAUUCUCAUCGCCUCAGGAUCUUACAAGGUGGUCGAUAUCCAGAACUUGCAUUGCAUUUGAGACUAGAGCUGCUUGAAGGGGUGGUGGCAUAUCAUACUGGGCAGAUAGAGAAAUCCAGAAAAGCAUUAGCCUCUGCAAAAACUAAGUUUGUCCAGCUGCAAGUGUCAGAUGAAGCCUUGUCAUUUGUUAUGAGCAUGGGCUUUGGUGAACGUGAUGCCAAGCGAGCAUUGCGAAUGAACAAUCAAGAUGUUGGGGGUGCCAUUGAUUUCCUUGCUGAGGAGAAGGCAAAGAAAUUGCAAAUGGAGGAGGAGGAUAGUCAGAGAAGAAAGGAAAUUAAGGAACAAAGGCGGUAUGGGCUGACACCCUUAAAGAAAGCAGUGGAUCUAGAGAGAUUGAAGGAAUUGGUCUCUAUUGGGUUUGAGAAGGAGCUUGCUGCUGAAGCCCUUAGAAAAAAUGAAAAUGAUACUCAGAAAGCAUUGGAUGAUUUGACGAAUCCUGAAACUAAUUCUGCUUUACAGGUUACGAUCGACUCAAGAAAAAGGAAGAGACAGAUACAAGCAAGAGAUUCUGUAGUUGAAAAAGUUGUGCAAAUGGGUUUUGAAAGAGAAAGAGUGGUUGCUGCUGCUGUGGCUGGAGGUAGUGUAGAACAAGUUUUGCAAAGACUGACAGCACAACCUGUAGCUGGACCCACAUCAGCUUCCAUAAACACAAAUUCAACGGAAGCUCCACAUGUUGGUGCAAGUUCAUCUUCUCCUUUACCUAACAAUGUUAAUUGUGAUGAUCUUAACAUGAUGAAUGAGGUUGAAGACAGUAGAACACAACGAGAUGUAGAAAUGGAAGAUGAGCUCUCUGCUGAUAUUGCGAGAACAGAUGCCAUGGCUGAUUAUGACAUUGAAGUUAACGUAGAAGGAGAAGCCAUAAGUGAGUACAUGGCCCUGGUUGAGUCGGCAAGAAGUGGUAGGACAAUUGCUCCUUCCCAGUAA